AUGGAAGUUAAUGCCAUGUUCCCCAUCGCAGCUGGACUGCGAUAUAACACAAGGGCUUAUACAAAAGUGUAUAAGAACUGUCCCAAACUCCUGCUGCGUCUGUGGAAAAUCCUGCGAGUCUUCUGGAGAAGAGGGAGGAUCCCUGAACAAUGGAGAGUGGCUGAAGGGGUAUGGAUCCCAAAGGAGGAAAACUCCACUCAGCUAGACCAGUUCCGCAUCAUCUCCCUGCUGUGUGUUGAGGCAAAGGUUUUCUUCAGUGCUGUUUCCAAACGGCUGUGUACCUACCUGGCAAAGAACACCUACAUCGAUACAUCUGUCCAGAAAGGCGGCAUUCCAGGAAUGUCAGGAUGUCUGGAGCAUACUGGUGUGGUGACACAGCUAAUUCGGGAGGCCAGAGAGAACAAGGGCAACCUGUCAGUGUUGUGGCUUGACCUGGCAAAUGCAUUCGGUUCCAUUCCACACAAGCUGGUUCAGCUCACCUUGAGAAAACAUCAUGUACCCAGCAGGUGUAGAGACCUCAUCGCUGAUUAUUACAGCAAUUUCAGGAUGAGGGUCUCUUCAGGAGCAAUAACAUCCAGUUGGCACAAGGUGGAGAUCGGUAUCAUCACAGGGUGUACAUUGUUCUCCCUAGCCAUGCACACUAAGUCUGCUGAGCCAGAGUGCAGAGGGCCAGACACGAAUUCCGGACAACGGCAACCACCCAUCAGGGCAUUCAUGGAUGACCUCACAGUCAUGACAGAAUCAGUCCCAGGCUGCCGGUGGAUUCUGAAGGGACUUGAAAAGCUGGUGGAGUGGGCCCGGAUGCGUUUCAAACCCGCCAAAUCCAGAUCAAUGGUGCUGAGGAAAGGGAAGGUGGAGGACAAGUUCCGGUUUAACAUCACAGGCACAGCCAUUCCAACUAUCACAGAGAAGCCAGUCAAGAGCCUGGGCAAGGUUUUUGACUGCUCUCUGAGAGACACAACAUCUAUCCAGUCGAUCUGCACUGAGUUGGAUGGCUGGCUGAAAUCCGUGGACAAGUCAGGCCUACCUGGGAAGUUUAAAGCCUGGGUCUACCAACAUGUCAUUCUUCCCAGGAUCCUGUGGCCCCUCCUUGUCUACGCGGUCCCUAUCUCAACAGUUGAGAUCUUGGAGAGGAAAGUCAGCAAACACCUCCGGAGAUGGCUUGGAUUACCAAGGAGCCUGAGCAGCAUUGCACUCUACGGGAACACCAACAAACUGCGACUGCCUUUCAAAUCCUUGGAGGAGGAAUUUAAGGUAACUAGAGCCAGAGAAGUGGUUCAGUACAGGGACUCAAGUGAUCCCAAGGUGGCUAACGUAGGGAUCCAAGUGAGGACUGGCAGGAAAUGGAGGGCAGAGGAAGCGGUUCAAGAGGCAGAUGCAAGGCUGCGUCACAGGAGCCUGGUGGGAGUGGUCACACGAGGUCGAGCAGGGCUAGGAUCCUUUCCAACUCCCCAAAUGAACACCAGGGGGAAGGAAGGGCGACGACUUGUUCAGGAGGAGGUGAGAGCAGCAGUGGAGGAGACAGGAACCUGCAAGGCAGUGGGAAUGAAGCAACAGGGAGCUUGGACGAGGUGGGAGAAUGCGGUUGAAAGGAAAGUGACCUGGGCUGAACUUUGGAAAGCCGAGCCUCACCGCAUCAAAUUCCUCAUCCAGGCAGUGUAUGACGUGCUUCCAAGCCCGUCAAAUCUGCACAUAUGGGGCAUAGCAGAGACACCAGCAUGCCCACUGCGUUCCAAGCGAGGAACACUGGAACACAUCCUCAGUUGCUGUACAAGGGCACUUGGAGAUGGUCGGUACAGGUGGAGGCAUGACCAAGUCCUCAAGACCAUUGCUGAAGCCGCAGGACUGGCGUGGGCAAAGCAGUUCCGACCCUCCAAGAAAACCAUCACCUUUGUCAGAGCUGGGGACGAGCCAACUCCUGCCAGAAGAACAUCAUCUGCAGGCAUCCUGACGUCUGCAAGAGACUGGCAGUUGUUGGUGGACCUUGAACAUCAGCUGAAGUUCCCCAGCCAUAUUGCAGUCACCACCCUGCGACCAGACAUUGUCCUUGUGUCUGAGUCCACCAAGCAAGCAGUGCUGCUGGAGCUGACAGUCCCGUGGGAAGAUCGCUUGGAAGAAGCCUUUGAGAGGAAGCUCUCCAAGUACGCAGGACUGGUCACUGACUGCCAGCAGGCUGGCUGGAGAGCAAGGUGUUUCCCUGUGGAGGUUGGAUGCAGAGGAUUUGCAGCCCGUUCCUUGGCCAGAGCCUUCAGCAGUUUAGGCAUCGAGGGUGAGAGAAAGAGGAGAGCCAUCCGCAGUACCACCGAUGCGGCAGAGAGAGCCUCAAGAUGGCUGUGGCUCAAAAGAGGGGAGCCAUGGAGUCAUGGUAGCUAGCUAGCCAUCUGGACACAAGCUGGGGUCUGAUCAGCCCCGGCUGGGUC